AUGUACGCUUUUACGAAUCAUAAAGACGAACCAAUUUCUAUAGCUAGCAAGAUUAUGGAGCUUCUACCUCUUAGCAUUCAGGUGCUAUUCUCUUUGCUACGAGGGCCAUAUGAAGAGUCAAUGAUCUAUUCCAUGAAGAAGUCUUUAGAAAAUAUAAGUGAAAUACGGCUUGUCGAUCACCGUGAUACUGAAGAUAGUGAAAUUGAUCUUCGUUCUGAUGCGUUCAGGAUCUUAAAGCAUUUUUUAUUAAAGGAUAGAAGAUAUGAAAGCUUUAGAUUUGAAGAGGUUUACAUCUCAGAAUUUGAUGAUAUUGUGAAUCUUAGCUGUUGGAAGAGGCUGAAAAUAGAUUUCUCGAAAGUUAGACAGUUUUCGCACGUUUGGCACAAGGUAUCAACUCUUGUGAUUGAUAGUGAUACAAACUUUGAACUAGUUGAAAAUCAUGAUCUAUCAUCCGUGCUGAAACUUGAAAUCGCUGGACCAUUGAUAUCUUUUACGGACAUUCACAAGAUACUAAAGAUUUGCACCCAGGUUCGAAAACUGGUUUACAAAGAUCUUAGAUUGGAUGAAGUUUUACAAGAGGGCAAUAUUCUAUGCCCAAAUAAUGGACAGACAGAGUUUGAUUUGCUGCUCAAUAACUCGAGCAGUAUCGAAUUCUUGAAUGAACUCGGUAUGCGCAACAUCAAAAAAUUGAACCUCACUAUGACUGACGAAGACACUAAAACAUUCGAUUUUAAUCAGCUUUUAGCUAGUUUGGAUUCAGUGGAGGCGGUCACUGUUAACUCUCUAUUCAGUCUCUCGUACCUGCGAAUAACUGUCGACUCAACGAGCUCAGAAGUACAGUAUCUAAAUUUUUCACAUUGUGAGUUUGAAAACUGCGACUUCUCAAGCUUGUAUCGGCUACGGGAGCUGAUUUUGCUAGACUGCAAUAUUGAUUCGAGACAGCUAAACACUCUGAAAAACCUAUCUAAAGUAUCGUCUUUGAUACUCAUCAAUUGCCAAAUAAAGUGGAAUUCUUUUUGGGAGCUUCCUCCAAACUUGGCCAGCAUAAUUAUUCACAAUAAUGACUACGAAACUUGCAAAGAUCUGAUAUUUUUGAGUCAAAGUCAACAAAGUAACACCGAAGUGAACUGUUAUAAACGGACCUUGAGCAUUGACUUGAAUUCUGUUAAAUUUCAAAUUCACUCCCAACUGGAGGGCGUCUUAUCAAUGGCAAAACUCGACACAGUCAGCAUGGUAAUGCCGCAAGUUGAAACAGCCGAUAUUGAGCUGGCUUCGAUUCCAAACUUUUACGGCUUUGACUUUAGCUUCUUUGAUUCUGGAGACAUUCAAAUUUCCAGUAUGGUCAUUAAAUUAUAUUCAUUUGGUAACACUUUUCACAAACCAAGGAAUGUUCCGGCCAAUCUUCGCUGUGAAUACGAAUACUACAAUUUCAACCUGCUGGAUUUCACUCCACUCAAGCGGCCGGUAGACUCGAAGUUAAAAUUGGAAGAUGCAGACAUCAAUGAGAUAUCUGAUUAUGAUUCUGACGGACAGCGCGCUGACAACGGAUUUUACGUUUCUUCUGACUUUUCGGAUAGUGAAAGUGAAGAAAACCGUGACCAAAAUAACUCUCGUCAGAUAAGAUCGAGAAGACUGCGCGCUGCCCGGAAUCAUAAAAAGCCCGAUUCCGAAGAGGAAGUCACUGAAGACAGUGAAGAAGAAGAGAAGAGAAGAAGCAAACUAAUCAAUACUGUUAUAUCGUCGAAAAACAUUAAACCCUCAAUCAAUCCUAAGGACCCUGACAAACCAUUUGAGUGUGAAUUUUGCUCUAGGGCCUUCAAAAGAAAGGAACACUUGAGAAGACACUCGUUGACUCAUACCAAUUAUAGGCCUCAUGUGUGUUCUAACUGCAAGCGUGGAUUCAGAAGAUCGGACAACUUGAAAAAUCACGAAAAACGUUGCCUGACCUCAGGAAAAGCUGGUGGUACUGGUUAUAGGUUACGAAAUGAUCCAAAUCGACUUGAUGCCGAGGAGAUCGAAAGAGUCAAGAGUAUUGAAUAUGCCAAGAAAGAAAAACUCAAAAAGCUGAAAGAAAUGGGCAGGAGCAUCAAACUGGCAGAAUUCUACGAGUCCGAUAGGUACCAGAGCCCAGUGAGUCAAUGCAGAUCUGACUCGCUUUCUUCCAUCUCCGAUAAUAUGGACAACCAGUCUGAUGAGUACGAGGAGAAACAUGACAUUGACUCCAAUGCCUUUGAGGGAGACAUAUAUCGUCGUAAGUCCAAAGUUUUCAAACCUGCUCGGGGAAGCCUCCUUGAUAGCGCGUCCUUACAAACCCCACCUGCGACAGCAAAUGAGCCGGCCCUACAAUCUGGAGAUUUGUCAACAACUGAGUCCAGCUACAGAGUAGGACACACGCUGAAUCCCAAAAGGCCGUAUUCGUCGAUUCAAAGCUCAAAUCCAGCUAUGUUGAACUCACUCGCAGAUAGUGAUGCAACGAACGAUGACCCAAACGAGCAAAUGGAGCCCAAGACGGAAGACAGCGAAAAAAAAGUACUGGGGGAUGAUAUAGCUGAUGAGGAAUCAGACGAUGAUUCAAUCUUCACAAACCCAAGAAUUGAUAGUAGUGAUCCAAUCAGAUUGUCAAUUAAGCAGCAAGUGAGCCAAGAGUUUGCACGCUGCGAACUGAUGCCCAACAACACUUACAAAUGCUCCAAGUGCUUCCAGUUGUUUACCAAAAGGGGCAAUCUGAGAAGACAUUUGGUAAUCCAUUUCAAUUUAAGACCCUAUGUUUGCGAAUGCGGUAAAUCGUUCAAAAGAUCUGACAAUUAUAAGAAACAUGCUAGCCGGUGUAAGACAAUUAUUUGCAAACGUCAGAGGGUUGGAGAAUCGAAAGAAACAACUGUGAGAACACAAUCAAUCAGAUGUACCAAAACAAUAGAUCCGACGCAAGCAAAGAGCAAUCACGACUUAAGCUCGCUAUCUUUGCUACCAAAUUCGAGCAACCCAGACAUAGGAGAAGUGAAUAUAGGAAAAGACAAGCUUGCCCUUCAAAACGACGUUUCAGAAGAGAGUGAUAACGAUAAUCAUGUUUCUGCAAAGGCCAAUGAAAGGAAAUUCGAGUGCAAUUUUUGUCAAAAGAAGUUCAAACGAAAAUAUCAUUUAAACAGGCACUUGAUUGUUCAUCAGAACAAUAAUUUGCGACCAUUCAGCUGCCUCAGAUGUGGCACUGCGUUCAAGCGAAAUGACCUGUUGGAGAAACAUAUUCUUUACAACAAGUGUAGACAAGCGGCUACAUAA